AUGACUCAAUGGACAGCUUCGCCACCAGCAGAGGAGGGUCAGCGGACGGGAGCUGAACGAAAGUCCAUUCGUCGUGUCAUUCUCCUUUUCGGCAUCCCAGCGAUCUGCUUUUUCGUUCUUGGUUUAACAAUGAUUAUUCUGGGCGUCAACUUCAUGUCGGGUGACGAGUAUUCGUAAGUGUGCAACCCUCCUUAUUACGGUGAAAAUGUAAUGAUGUUUGAUCAAGUCCGGAUGCGACAUUUUUUUUAUCCAGACUGCUGUUAGGAAGGGGAGACUUUCAAAAACUGACGUUUUUCAAAUUUGAAGAUCAGAGGUGCAUCAAAUGAUCAAGGACGCUGCGUUUCCCAUGGCUCACUGGAAGGGGAUCAUAGCAAAUUGCAGUGAUCUGCAUGCACUGUCAAAGUGCAGUUUUGGUGCUGGAAGCGGCAGUGUCAUGUUAUCAGCCUGCUAUUUCCUGUGAAAUUCCGAAUUUUUCAGAAAGCCCUCUCACUCAUUAAAUUGUAUUCUACACUUGUCUGGACAUUAAACAGCGGGGAUGGCUACCAACCAUUGUUUUAGCCUGCGCAGAUACUUGAGGACUGGUGGUCUCAUUCCACAGGCGAGUAGUUGACCGUUGGCCACUUCUCUAAGCCCUUGUUGCACAUACUUGGUGCAGGCAAUCGCUCCUAAGGUAAAGAUAGACUGCCUCACUGUCCUCGUUCAAAGGAGGGCCUUCACUGAGGUGAGGCUGUUGUUUUAUGAUGAUGGAGUCUGUAUGGUGAAAGGAGAACUGGACAAUAAAAGUGGUUUCGCCCUGUUGUGGGGGGAGGUUAAUUUAUCUUUACUCAGCUGUAAAAAUCUCGGCGACCUCAGAGGGAUCCGAACCCAUUACAGCUAGAUGAGGCUGGAAUUUAGCCAGAGUCCCAACCACCUGAGCUACCAGACCCCACUGGUAGCCAUGAUUUGAGUCACAUUUGGGUCACGUUACCCGCCCAGCCUACUGCAAUGUAUGGAAUCCACCAAAGCUCAUACAGUAAGCUGACCGCCCAAGCAGGAAUCCGUAAUUAAUUAAUCUAGAAUCCACCAGAUGACUACCAGGGCCACGUAUUUAAUGGGCGUCGAAGCAGAUUUUUAAUAAUUUAUUUUGAGCCGGCUGAGAAAAGCUCGGUGCUCUAAGUAGUGUUAUAAACCAUGACAGUAAGUGGCAUGCUUUUGCACAGCCAAUAAUCUAGGCAUCUUAGCAAAGAGGUCUCACGGAGAUCCGUCAGGUUAAUUACAGUUGGGUCAAAAUAAAAUAUUUAAAAUCUUCCAAAAUCCCUAUUAAAUGGAGAGGUUGAUCAAUUCCAAAUCGUCGGUGCAAGGAUAUUUCACAGAGGUGAGGAGCACAAGGUAAAAUAAAGAUGUGCUUCGCAUGUGCUUGGCGUGAACCGACUUUGCCUAACCAAAGGACUUUGCGCCAGUGGGAAAAGGGCUGUAGAACUGGCGCAGGUGAUCGUCUGGUGAGUAAUCAAUGUUAUGAUUUACUGCUAACCAUUAUUCGACCACUCACAUGGAAUGCGGAAUAAUCUGUUUCAUAUCCUUCGGUUAAAAUUUAUUAUUCCCGAUGCAUAUUGGAGGUGGUGAGACUUUGAUUCGUCAUAAGCCGACUCUGGCACAAACCUCAGGUAACAGACACUUGCAGUUCGAAUGUCAUUGGCUGAUUGCGUUGGAUGAGACAUCAAUAACUCGCCUAGUGUUCACAUUUUUCCUGUCCAGCUUCUCUUAAAAUUGUUCCUGAAAACGUGAUUUCGUUUGGAGUUAACCUAACUAAAUAUAUGAUCGAGCAACUGGCAUAUGGAUGCAACAGACUAAGUCUAUUUGCCAUUGCUUUAUACAGUCAUGGCUUCCAGGCUGCAGUGGAGUCCUCUACAGCUGAUAUAAUUGUUUCUAACGACAUUAUUACUAAGACUUCCGUGCUAGUGGUGCUAACCCAUGUUUGCCAAUUCUAUAGUGGGAUCGGACCGCCCACCUCUUAGUAUCGGUGUGCUUGCGCAAUACAGCAGGGGGUUAUAUUUGAUCUUGAAACCAUGAUUCAGUUAGAGGCGGUCAUGGGCCAGCCCUCCUUCGACAGUUUAAGCAAUCAGUUCUCUGCGGGGUGUCUGCGUAGACUUCAUUCUUGCAUGUUAUUGUGGAGACUCAUCGUGCACUGCUUAAUCUUAGGCCUCGCCCUCUCUCCCUAUCACUUUUGAUUUCUAUGGGUCUUAUCAAAGGUUUUGAGACCUAAAAAAAUCUGCACAACAUCAGCAAGUAGCUGUGCGUUCCGUCUGUUAGGUCGAACAUCGCGAAGCAGACGAUGAGUACUAGUGUAAGAGUGAAUUUAAUAAGGUGAAGAACUGUAUUUCUUAAUUAUACGCCUAUGAGCAGGCUUUCAGGUGUGUAAGCGCUGUAGGCGACAUGACCUUUGACUGCAAACCCUAAGCGACGAACUCUAUCAGUCUAGACACUUGGCGCCUGACACCUGGCUUACGUACACGGCAUGAUUUAUUGCGCUCCAGUUGGUGUAUUUCACCUAGACAGAAGGUCAGACCGUCGAUGAGGCAUAAUCCGGGUGGCCUGUCCAAUAUGCAGAUCACAUUGACGGGGCAUUCUAAAUCACUCUCAGCCCUCUCAGGCAUAUAGAUCUAGCAGUAGCUUGAGUAGAAUGUUAUUACCGACAAAGACAAGGGAGAUUGGAAUGGCCAUUUCUGGCUUACAAGCCGUAGUCAGAGCUGCUGUGCGGCUGCUAUUUGGACUUGAGAGAGAGCACUUUAGGCACAACGAGACGAGUAAGCUCCGUAAGAGCGGUCAGAAGAGGUUAUUUAGUUUCAGAGCCUGAGCAUAUCGUUGAUAGAAACUGCUAUGGAUUCUGUCAGGUUACUGCGUCCCGAACAAUAGUUAUCCUCCAAAUAGGGAAAAUCUCGGGGGAGGGGCGAUUUAGGAUGCUUCUUAAAAAGACCUUCGCUGACUUCCUUCUAGUAUCAUCUGACUUCCUUGCAAGGCCAAAUGUUCGUAGGUGCUUGGUGAAUACGACUGAAAGCAGUAGGCCUCUGUCAUCAAUUUCUAAGAUGCCAUUACUGUGCAGUAGUUUUUUUGAUCCUGGCCACGUAAAGUGCCCCACCUCACUCUUCCGUCCAUAGCACCCAGAACGUUCCGCCACCGUCUCCUUAAGGGCACAAAAGUCUUCCGAUUUUCAAAUAACUUAGAGUCUUUUAUUAGCCCAGAGAUCUGCGUUAAAGUGAUCUGACAAAUGGGUCUUAAAACGUUUUUUGUGUGUAUCUCCAGGUGCUUUGUACAAGGUUUGUGCAGACUAAAGUGACGGAGGCGGUAAAAAUUGUGACAUUACAGACUAAAAAUAGAAGGACUGUAUUGUUAUGAUGAGAGGGCGUCCACAAAUCAGGGAACCAGGCAUGUUUAGUUUGUCGCAGCGGCUCAAGCCAUCGGAAGAUCCUAACCACUACGACCCAGUUUUGAACCGAAAGCGGAGUCGGACGCCAGCUGUGAGCAUGUUGUAUUCUGUACAGAACUAUUAGAGAAGAGGUUGGUAGGAUUUGGCAGUUAGACGCCUGUAAGACCAUGGGGCAGUCGUCCAGCGCAUUCAAGGUCAUUCUCGAAGACGAUUGGCCAGUUUGGAUUGCCGUCAUUGACCGAGAACCCGACUGCCAUUGCUACUCACGUAAAAGCAUUCGUGUGAAACUGGGGAUCACAACAUUCGCGUGCAGUUGGUCUGCCACGAGUUCCUCCUUCCCAGACCGCAGUUCGGGUAACAGAGCUGAACAGAAGAAGAGCAGUUAAUUUUAGUGAAUGCAAAACGUACCAACGGUGGUGUUAUCAACAGCGUAGACAGCUGCAGGUGAGGGGGAGGAGCCUGGGUGAUAGAAGAGCUGAAAAAAAUCCUGUGGUUGAAUUGUUCAUUUGGACGUAGGCAGCAAACGUGUCUGCCAUGACGGUAUUUGCUGGCUUGAGUGCAGAGAUACCGCUGAUGAUAGAGAUAAGGUAUCGGACAAUGGUAGAGAUGCUAGGUGCCAACCCUGAUGUAGGGACAAUUGGACUGUACCGGAGGCAUGACUAGGACUCGAUACGUUGAGAUUGUUUGAUGACCUCCAUUUUGCUUCACGACACAGAUAUCGCCAACCAUAUUCACAAAUAUCGUGCUCACGGAAAGUGAAGACGAGAAGGCCAAUUCAUAAUGGGUGGGCUCAGCCACGUCUAGUAGUUGCAUGACCGUAUAACGUCGGGUCAAUCAAUAUCGCGGCAGCCUGAUCCAUAAAGAGACCCCAGCCCAUACGAUUAUCAGGCCCGAUCUCAAAUGCAAGGGGGAGGAGGGGAGUUGGGAGUCAGUUGGAAGAAGAGUGUAUUUCAUAAAGAAUAAGUGGCGAAGGUAUUGAAGAGAGCUAAAAGGCAAAUGACGGUACUUUCGGCGCCGGGAGAGCGACGUAUGCUUCUCAGCGCCUUAGACGAGAAAACGCCUGACUCGGCCUUAAAGAUGAUUGACCAAUUACAAACCAGGCUCCCGCUUAUAUGCCCGUGCAGGCAAUUGCAAGGGGUGCUGCAUCGCAACAGUAGGCCGAGGUACGGCCACUAAGAGUCCACCAGCGGCCUAGGGCUCUAUCCAAGGUCCUCACAGACGGUCAAAUUGCAGCCAGCAAUGAUAGAAGAAGACACAUUUGCAAGGAAUGACCCAUUAACCACAUCCCUAGGUUCGGAGUAGCUUAGAUCUGAGCCCAUAUUCUUUGGUCAGCAGGCCCAUCUCUCAACAAUGGGGAUUUCCGCUAGUGAAACAGGUAGUGAGAUGUGGUUGCGUAAUGCCCCCUGACGGACACAAUACUGUCGACCUACUUAACUAUUUGGAAUUGGUGUGAUUACGUUGGCAUGGUGUCGCAGUGCGUUGCGCUGUGUGUUUUGUUGGCGGCCUUGUUUCUUUGUUGUCGUGUCUACCUUUUUCGGCCUAAUGCCCGUGGCCCUUCUUGACUACCGGCCUGUCGUCUCCGUCUAACAUUUCCGUUGGAUGUUUCAGGGUUAGGGCUUCGGUUAAGGGUUAUUGAUAGGGCUGGGGGCUAGGGAUAGAGGGUUGGGGGUUAGAGUUAGGGUAGUCGUUAUGGUUAGAGAGUCAGGGUUAGGGAUUAUGGUUAGGAGUUACAAGUGGAGGUUGAGGCAACUAGCCCUCAAAGUACAACCGCGCACUUCCAAUAGCUUUACUUUUGCAUACAAUUGCCUGACCUCGUCGCCUGCGCAUUCUUCGACCCCACCUUUAAAUUUCCCUAUUACCACCGGUGCCGUAUUACAGAUGGCUGGGGUUUGUUUACCUCAGGUGCGCCUACAUAACCCCAUCUGACCAAACGGUCAAUGACCAAAUUAUCCCCAUUCCAAUCCCUUGUUGUCCAAGUCUACUUCAGCUUCCAGACCUGAAAUAGCCACUACUGUCUCUGUUAUGUAGCGACUAAGUGGCGGGAUGGUGUACUCAGAACACUACAAUCGUCUGACCGAGACGCGAGUUGGAGGAAAAGGCAGAAUUCCCCAGAACGAGGACUUUAUACAGGACCGUCAACUGUCCUCCUAGGCGGCAGUAGUAGCUGGCCAAGCCAGGGCUGAUGUUGACUGCGUCCAGUAAUGCCUGCGUGUCCGUGAGGCAGUGGUGCCGGCUGCCGUUGUAGGCUUGUCGGGCAACCUGAAAUGAUGCCCGAUUAAUGUGUGGGAAAGUGUUUAAGUGGUUUGUGUGGCAUUCGCAGGGAGGAGGGGGGCUGGUAGUGUAUUCAAGUGGCGCAUGGGCAGCUGCGAAUCGUCUGACUUGAAGUCGGUCGCUCGGCUGCAGGUCAGUGCCUCUAGAACCGCUCACUGCGGAGGUGAAUGACGCUGACGAACAGGGACCUUGGACAUGGACGCCAAGCAUGGCCCUGGUUCACGCAGCCAAGCAAUUUUUCAUUCUAAAAAUAUGCUUCAGUUGUUUUGCUGCGUUGCUACAGGCCGGGGCCGAUAAACUAAUAUGGACCUUUGCUCGGAUGCACAAUUUAAUUAGGGGCAUGUCUGUUAAGGCGCUACACGGUACUGUUUCUUCAGGCGCAAUUUUUGUCCUUUCCUAGCCUGUCUCCUUGCAAGCAGUACUUGGACCCCACGCGUUGGCAACGACAUUAUUUCCUCGACGACAACUUUCUGCCUGCUCUCAUCUGAGAACGUUUCCUUUGACCUUCAUCCUGCCUUCUCAACCACUGCAGUAUUAAUCAACUUUGGAAAUCUAUACUCUUCGAUUUCCAUCGCAGUUUGUGGGGCAGAAUACCUUACGAUUUAAGUGUUAAAUGAUGAAUACAAUUCAGAGAUAUAAACAACAGUUUAUUCAUCUCGAACAAUGACGCCUACUGUGCGCUGCACAGGAGGGUGUGUACAGGGACGGUGGCUUGCGCUAGUUAGUCUAUGGCGUUAGUAGACUUACAUUGGAUUUGUCGCACUCCGGGUUCUUACACGCACCUGGAUCCGGUAUCAUGAUAGGGUCAAAUGACCGGAGGCGAGAUAGGGAGCAGUAGCUGACAAAGUUAAAAUGUCCAUCUAUGCGUGCUACGCACGCCUGGACUGCGCAAGGUAGACCAGAUUUUCACACAAACAAGGGGCCGGCUAUGAUCUCUUGCUUGGAAGUAGUAAAAAUAAGUCACUGCGCCAUGACUCCCAAUUCUGUGAGAACCAUAUUAUCCCGUCCGCAGAAAAAAUGCUAUAGUUCUAAAAAAUUAGAAUAACGAAAACGGAAAGUUCUCAGAGUAGUAGAUGACAGAAUUUCAGAGCAGAAAUGCAUAAAGGGAAUUUGUAAUCGCUUUUUUUGAUUUCCCACAGGAAUACAACUGGCAUCCGAUUAACCGUGUCCGGUAGUUUCAAAAUCAUCAUUGCAAUACUCCUGUCAAUUCGGCCCAUCAUUUUAUUGUCAAAGUUAAGGAACCCAGGUUCAUCUUCAGCACCACCUCCCGCAUACAUGUCAACCGUAAGUCUCCUUGAAAACUUGAUAACCUCAGUACGUUAG